CGCCUGCCUGCCAAGAAGCUGACACCUUACCCGCGAUGCCUCGUCGAAAAAGCCUCCGUAACAAUCCCCGUCGAGAGCACGAGCUCCCCGCUCUUUUCCAUGUAAGUCUUAAGCUUCGUGGCGGUGCACAGCUCGGUAAAGCCGUCAAGGGACGAAGCAAGGAUGGCAAAGGCAAGAAGGACGGUCGUGAGACGACAGAGGAAGAACGGAGACUGCAGGAGUCGAUUCGACGGAUGGAGAUGAACGACUACUUGAAGCGCCUCACGGUGUCCAAGAAGGCCCUACUGCAGGAGUUCAUGGCUAAAGAGGAGAAGAUCUCUCGUAUGAACAAGCUCAAGAUCCAGAACCAUUGGCGGAAAAUCAUGAGGCUUGUCAAGGUGGAGGCGCUGCGUAAAGAGGUCGAGGUGCGGUCUCAGAAUCACGAGCGCGACGUGGAUCGCAAAGACGCGCUCAUCCAGAUGCUCGAUCGCGACUUGGAGGAAGCCGAGGAGCAGUUCCAGAUGGCUCUGCGGGCCCACCUCCUCAACGUCGACGAGCUGAUCGACCUGCAAGAUGAGCGUCUAUUAGGUCUAGAGAAAGAGUUUGAAGCCGAUCUACGAGAGCUGGAGCUAGAGUUCCAGACGGAGAAGAACAAACUCAUCGCUCAGCACACCAUGGAGCGUAACGAGCUGCAGCGCAUCAUGCAGGCGGUAGAUCAGCAGGAGAAGGAGCGUGAGGCCGACGCCAAGCAGGAGCACGAACAGCUUCGAGAGGAGAUCCGGAACAAGAAUCUGGAAGACAUCAACGUGUUGCGGAUCACCUUGGACAGUAGCAUUGAGGAGCUAGAGCAACACUUCGAGACGGCGCAUCUCAACUACCUGCAGAACACAGAUCAGCGCACACAGGACUUCAAGUACCUGACGGCGAAGGACCAGGAUCUGUCCCGUGAUAUCGAGCUGAAGAUCCGCAAGAUUGAGCGUCUGCAACAGAGUCUGGCGCUCUGGAGGACCAAGAUCGCUCAAAAUGUACGCGAGUGCUCGGAGCGUAACAAGGCGCUAGAAGAGGAGAAAGCGGCGAUCUCGCAUCAUUUCCAGACGCUCAAAGCCAAAAUGAACCGCAUGCGGGACGACCAGCGACGUCGACUCGCAGGGCUAUCGCACGGAGCUCGCGAAGCCUCCAAGAAACUGGACGCUCAUUUGCAGCUGAGCGAGCGGAUCCUGCAGCUUGGAGAACUUGUACGCAAACUGGAGACGGAGCGAGAGCGCGUGCUUCCGUUUUACCAGUCGACGUUGGCCGACGAACAGGAAGCGAACGAACUUACAGAAACUGUACGACUAGCGAUGCGUACAGAAACCGGUCGUGAGGACGAAGAAGCGCUGCAAAUGCUCGACUUCCAGCCACAAGGACUGCAGAACGGCGUCGCUGUGAGCGAGUGGGAAUACCUCGAUCUCUUCUGGAAGAGACACAACAAGGUGCUGCUGGACGAGUUGGCCCUGCGUCGAGAAAAAGAACGCGUUGCCAACGAGAACCGAGAACUUCAGACCAUCUUACAGCAGUAUCUCGCCGGCAUCUCCGUGAGCCCAACCGUGUUGGACGGAGCUAACCCGCUGCUGGUCGUUAACGGGCGUCUGCGACUGCAUCACCCUGCCACGGACGAAGACGGCAAGCCGCGUCGUAAACCUGUCAUCGACGCUAACCACAUGGUCGACACGAACCGAGUUACGCGGUUUAAAGCAGGAUAG